AUGUCAGAGGCAGAUAUUAUGCAAAUGAUGAACAUGCUAAAGUUCAGGAUUAGCACUUCACAGAUAUUUGGUCUUCUAGCUAGUCAAGCAGACGGGUAUGAAUUUAUUGAUUAUGGUCCCAGAGAUAUGUACAAUGAGUUUGCAAGGCAAAGGCGUCAAGUUUCUGGUAAUGCAGCUCGAGUGUUGAAGAAGUUGGAGGAUAUGCGGUUGAAGGAUCCACAAUUAUAUUUCAAGGCAUGUCAUGAUUCAAGAGGUUUGUUUCGUAACUUGUUCUGGUAUGAUGGAAAUAGCCAACUAGACUACCAAUGCUUUGGGGAUGUUAUUGCUUUUGAUGCCACGUACAAGAAGAAUAAGUAUAGUUGUCCAUUAGUCAUAUUCAGCAGGCUCAUGUUUGCAAUGAAGGGUAAGACCCCGGCCUCAAUAAUAAUUGAUGGGGCCAUGGCGAUUAGGAAUGCAGUAAGAGAUGUAUUUUUCGAAGUCAGACAUAGAUUAUGCGCUUGGCACCUUAUUCAAAAUGCGACUAGUAAUGUUGAAAAUCCAUCAUUUACAUCUAAAUUCAAGAAAAUCAUGUUAGGAGACUACGAGAUUCUCGUGUUUAAGCGGAAAUGGGUUCAGCUUAUUGAAGAAUUUGGCUUUGAGGAUAAGCUGUGGGUGAACAACAUGUAUAAAGAGAAGCAUAUGUGUGCUACUGCAUAUAUAAGAGAGCAUUUUCAAAGGUGUAUUGCACACUUGCGCUUUAAAAAAUUUAAUGCUGAUUAUGAAUCUACACGUGGGGUGCCCGUCAUGCAGACUUAUAUAGAGUUUCUAGAGAGAUUAGCUACUGAGAGACAUUGUGAGAUUUCCCGGUCAUUAGUGUUGGAUAGAUGGACAAAGAAGGUGAAAUCAGCACUCAAUGAUGCAAGUGGGUUCACCAGGGAUGCUGUUGUUAUUAGUCAUCAAAGUGCCUUAAUGGAGUUUUCUAAACAAUUAGCCAUUGUUGCAGCUAAAAUCCCAGAAAGAUUUGAAGAGACACGUGACAUUAUUAUGGGAUUGUAUUCAUCUUACAAGGCAGCAGACGAAGGCAGUAAGCAACCUCAGUCAGGUGUAGCUAAAAGUAGCAAUCCGUAUGUGUAUCAAACCAAUUCUAAAUCGUUGAGUCGUGAUGUGAUGAUGGCAGAGACCUUCAAGUAUACUCACACCUUGAAGGAGAACAUUGAGAGAUUUGCUGAUCAGCGGGCUACAGAUCAUUAUGUGAGUAAACAUCAUGAGUAUAAAGUUUUCAAUUAA